GACAUGCGUAGUGUGACGGCAUGGAUUUUGACAGCCGGUAUCGGAAGCUGCGCUGGCUUCCCCAGAGGUUCUCGGACAGUGUAUGACGGCUUCGCUGUAUCUUACCCUUGCAACUCAACGAUCUGUGAUGGGUACAUGGUCCAUCGAUCAUGUAGUGCCGAGAGACCGUGUCCUGCUGUAGUCAUCAUUCAGGACUGGACCGGGAUGGAUGACUACGAGAUGGAGCGGGCGCGCAUGCUGGCUGAGUUAGGCUAUGUAGGCUUUGCAGCUGAUAUCUAUGGCCGUGGCACCCCUGUAGAAGAUCGAUCAGAUUGGGCUGCUGCAGCGGGGCGACACCGAGGGGAUCCAACCCUUUACAUGUCGAAGAUCAACGCAGCACUGAACGAGGUGAAGUCGUAUGGUUUCGUUGACAGUUCGAAGGUGGCAGUCAUUGGGUAUUGUUUUGGCGGCACAGGAGUUGUCAACAUGGCAAUUCUUGGCGCUGACGUGCUUGGAGUUGUAGGCUAUCACUCCGGCAUCCAGCCGAGUCGCCGAGUGGUUCGAGAUAACAGCUCAGGCCCAGUGGUGGCUAAGGUUCUUUUGCACUCUGGAGUCCAGGAUGAUCUGGCCAGUGACAUAGCUUUGCUGGAGAAUGAAUUUGAGGAUGCCAAUGCCACGUUCGAGAUCGUGCGUUAUGGUUCCAAUGUGCUCCACACAUUUACAAACUGGUACGCAAAUGAUCCUGGCACUGCCAUGUAUAACCAUCGCGCGGAUGUGAGGUCUUGGGAGAGCACCAAGCUAUUCUUGUCGGAGCUCUUUGAAGGACUUUCAAUGCCCGAGCGUGCAACAGACACUGCGGCCACUGCUCGCCAGCAAGAGGUGCCUGAGAUUGAUGGCAGUUUGCUUCCAGAAAAGGCUUGA